GAGCGAGAGAAAGCAAGGGGAGAAAAUAAAAUAUGGCGAAAAAUUCUACUGGCGGUCGAAGGCACAGAAGCUCCGUAUGAAAAAGCGAAUUUCUAUGGUAAAAAGUGAUUGUACCCUUACGGAAAGUGUGACAAACGCAUGGUGAAUGCGCCUAGCUUAUUGGACGCAUAGUGAAAGAUGCAGAAUGCUGAACAAUCCGGAGUGAAAAACCGGGAGAAAAUUGGUAAAUCAGUGAAUCAGCAGACAUCGUUGAAAUCGCAGCUGCACCAGCAGCAGCAGCGGCCUUCAUUGUCGUGUUCGUCUUCGUUGUCUUCGUCCUCCUCAACAUCAUCGGAAGGAGAAGAGGUGACGGCAUUAGUUGCAACUGCCCAGGAAAUAGCAGAAACAGGAGCAGCCAAGACUUCGUCAUCGACAUCAAAGAACAAUAGCAGCAAUAACAGCAGCACAAUCGGUGGUGGUAGUAGUAGCAACAGUGGUGGUGGUAGUGUCGACAACAGUGGUAAUAGUGGAGUAACAAGCACAAGUGGAAACGGUGCUACCGCUGCUACUACCAUCGUCGACGUUGUUGCUGCUAGUACGGCCACCACUUCUGCUUCGGCAGGUUCGCCGUUACCAUCACCAUCAUCAUCGUCAUCGGCGGCCUUGCAUGCAGGGCAGGAUGCGAAUGACGGGUCGGAAUCGGUCGUAGGAACAGCGCCGCAUCCACCGUCAGUAGCAACGGAAGCUGACGCUGCGGCCGGAGCGCUGAGCAGGCUUACACUUGCAACUGGAUGCUCUGUACAACCUGUCGGGACCGAACCUAAUCGGUUCCAGCUGCCGCCUAGCAGCGUGAUUUGUAAAAACAAUUCUAAAAAUAAUGGUAAAACAAUGUCUUCACCGAAGAGUUCCACCACAACAACAACAGCCGCAGCAACAAAGCCUGCUCCUCCACCAUCGACCGUGCUCGUGGGUGCCGCCACUGGAUCGAGCGCCCCAGGAGCUGGCGAUGGAGGAGGCGGUACCGGCAAACAAGCUAACGGAGAGGGCGAUUGCUGUAAGAACGCAGCGGGAGAAACCGGAAGUAGCACUGGUGCGGCGAAGCCCAGCCAGAGCGCUACGGCUGGUACGGUUAGCAUCAACAGCGGCAAACCAUCAGCGACCAGCAAUAGCUCAUCUCCGACCAAGUCGGAUACUGAGACGUUCUCCGAGAUACAGCCUCGCGUUUCGGACUCGUCCGAGUCGGAGGAGGAGUCGGUGUCGGAGAUUUUGCUGGCUUGCCUAUGUCUAAGGCCAGAUCUGCUGGUUGACGACUUUGCAUUAGAUCAGCAGUCAUGCGAAAUUCCAGAAACGGAAUGUUCCGAUAGCUGUGAGAAUGACGUCGACAUGGAUGAGUCGGACAGUUGCGACAACGAUCCCGACGAUAAUGAAGAUUCUGACGAAGACGAGGAAGAUGAUGAUGACGAUAUGGUUCAUAGUACGGUACCGGGAAAAUUUCUCUUAGAGAACGAUGAUGAUACCGACCAUGAACGAGACGAAGCAGCGCACGCAUUAACGCGAAUGAAAUCCAGCGAUGGCAGUCCGAGGGAUAAGAAUUUGCUAUCACGUUCGCUGAUUGCGGCCUGCACCGAUAAUGACGUAAACACAGUGCGACGAUUGCUCGUUGAAGGAAAUUCGCUGAAUGAAGCGACCGAAGAGGGCGAUUCGCUGCUAUCGUUGGCAUGCUCCGCCGGUUAUUUCGAACUGGCUCAGGUGUUGUUGGCGAUGUCUGCACAGGUCGACGAUCGUGGCCAAAAGAACGAUUGCACACCACUGAUGGAAGCAGCAUCGGCUGGCCAUGUGGAAAUCAUUGAACUGCUGUUCAAGCAUGGUGCCGACGUGAACGCGCAAUCUUCCACCGGUAACACUCCGCUCAUGUACGCCUGUGCCGGGGGUCACGAAAAGGCAGUGAAGCUGCUGUUGGACCAGGGUGCUAAGGUGGAAGAUCACAACGAAAAUGGUCACACUCCGCUGAUGGAGGCUGCCUCCGCUGGUCAUGUCGGAGUCGCCAAGAUUCUGUUGGAACACGGGGCCGGUAUUAAUACACAUUCGAACGAGUUUAAGGAGAGUGCCCUAACACUAGCCUGCUACAAGGGCCAUCUAGACAUGGUCCGUUAUCUGCUGGAGGCCGGUGCAGAUCAGGAGCAUAAGACCGACGAAAUGCACACUGCCCUGAUGGAAGCGUCCAUGGAUGGGCAUGUUGAGGUGGCGCGGCUGCUGCUGGAUUCCGGGGCGCAAGUGAAUAUGCCAACGGACUCGUUUGAAUCUCCGCUCACGCUAGCUGCGUGCGGUGGACAUGUCGAUCUGGCCAUGCUGCUAAUCGAUCGCGGAGCCAACAUCGAGGAAGUGAACGAUGAAGGCUAUACACCGCUGAUGGAAGCCGCUCGCGAGGGUCACGAAGAGAUGGUGGCAUUGUUGCUACAACAGAAUGCGCAGAUUAAUGCUCAAACGGAAGAAACUCAGGAAACGGCUCUCACACUAGCGUGCUGUGGAGGAUUCAUCGAGGUGGCAGAAUAUCUGAUCAAAAAUGGUGCGGAUAUCGAGCUCGGUGCGUCAACACCGCUAAUGGAAGCAGCCCAGGAGGGUCAUAUCGAUUUGGUCCGUUUUCUGCUCCAACACGGCGCAAACGUACACGCGCAAACGCAAACGGGUGACACUGCGUUGACGUAUGCGUGCGAGAACGGGCAUACCGAGGUCGCGGACAUUCUGCUUAACUACGGUGCCGAACUAGAGCACGAGUCGGAGGGUGGCCGUACGCCGCUCAUGAAAGCGUGCCGUGCCGGUCACUGGUGUAUAGUGAAGUUUCUGAUCGAACGGGGUGCCGACGUGAAUCGGCACACGACGAACAAUGAUCACACACCACUCUCGCUAGCGUGCACCGGUGGUCACCAGAAUGUGGUGGAGUUGCUGUUGAAAAAUGGUGCCGAUCCGUUCCAUCGGCUGAAGGACAGCAGCACGAUGCUGAUCGAGGCUGCCAAGGGUGGUCACAUCGGCGUUGUUCAACUGCUGCUCGACUUUCCUCAUUCGCUGAUGAACGCGAAUGCCGCCGCUGCACAGCAGCAACAGAAUAUGCUCAGCAAUGGACAGAUGCAGCAGCUCCAGCAGCAACAGCAGGUCCAUCAGCAGCAAUUGCAACAGCAACAUCAGCAGGCGCAACAUUUAAUUAUUACCCAGAAUCACCAACAACAUCAGCACCAUCAGCAACAGCUGCAGCAAGUUCAACAGCAACAGCAGCAACAGCAGCAACAGCAGCAGCAGCAGCAGCAACAGCAGCAGCAGUUGCUGGCAGGUCCGCCUGGGUUGCGUGAGGUGCCGGAAGCGAUCCGCGUGAGUAAUAAACAAAUUUUCCAACUGCCAAGCAAGGAUAUGCUAGAACAGCAGCAAUUGCAAAGUCAAACACCAGCGCAACAGCAACUACAGCAGUCCCAGCAAGCGCUCCAAGCGCACAUUCAGCAGCAACAGCUGCAACAACACCAGCAGCUGCUCGUUAACAGUCAUCAGCUCAUCAGCCAGGCAAACAUGCUGCUGGACAGCAGCGGAAACGAUACAUCCGUGCUGGCACAGCACUUGCUAGAAAUACAGGAUCCACUAUCGAAGGAAAACUUUCUCGAAGGUUUGGCGAUGGGUUUGCGUCCGCGUGGUCGCCGCAUGACCAGCGGACCAGCUGCACCUGCCGGAUCUUCAACCACUCCACCAAUUGCCGGUCAACAGCAGCAAGAUCAAGCUGCUGUCGCUCAACAACAAUUGAUACAAUAUUUGCACCAACAUCAACAGCAAGCGCAACAGUUGCAAGCAGCCCAGCCAAUUAUUCUGCAAGGCAAUAACGUCGUUACUCAGCAGCAGCAGCAGCAGCAGCAACAGCAGCAGAUGACAUCGGUCACAGCUGGUAAUAAGCAGCAGCGCAGCCUAUUGCGCAAGAAGCAACAGCAACCCACAAUAGCACUGCCUUCACCAUUCGAGGCCCCAAAUCUUACCGGUUCCGAGCAGCAACAGCAGCAGGUCCGCAGCGAUCCGAUUGGCGAGGAUAAUAAUGGUAGUAGCUGCAGUGCGGCUGGUUUGAAAAACAUUUCCCAGCUGCAACAACAGCCACCGCCUCGUGUGAGCAAUGUCGCGAUGCGUUCUGAUUACGAGCUGUAUCAGAAGCAGAUGAGUGAGAUCCAGUUUCAAAAGAAAGCAAAAAUACAGUUCAUCAGUGAUGCAAAAGGUCCACCGCCGACACUUUUACCGCACACGGAAUCAUUCAUUGCUAAUCUGCAAAGCAACUUGCCUCAGCAACAACAUAUUCAGCUAGCAACAAUGGCUGCCAAUGUCGCCGCCGGUGGUGCGUCCGUUAUUUCCAGCGGCCCUGCUACCAUCAGCAGCAGCAGCCCUGCCGCAACCAGCAGUGGCACAACCCUGACUGCCCCUUCGGAAGUGUCGCAAAGCACUGCCAUCAGCGAUCGUCCAAAAGUGAAGCCCGUGUCCAAAAAAGAUGCCAAGAAUAAUCGAAAAACUGCUGCAGCGGCGGCAGCGGCAGCAGCGGCGGCUGUUGCAACCGCCACGGCCUCCGUUCAGCAACUACAGCAGCAGCAACAGCAACAAUCAUUCUGGCCUUUGGCGAGCAAUAAUUCGUCCGGCGGUAGCGGGAACGGUGUUCUGCAGCAAAAUCCAAUGGUGUCAAUUUACAACAACUUGUCUGUGAUUCCAAGUUCCGACCAGAAUGUGCAGUUAUUGCAGCAAUCGAUGGCGAACUUGAAUCUUCAAUCACAGUCAUCCGUAACGCCACCCACCACCACCACCACCACCAUGCCCGGUGGUAAAGCAACGGAAAAGAAGACACCAGCAACGGCGGAUGCAGGAAAUGACGGUAAGACGAGCGAUUUCGUCGUUACCACGAAUGAAAGCGAAUCAUUGUCGGUUGCUUCCGAUUUGAAAAAUGAAAGCAGUAUGGUUCCUACGUCGUCGUCAGCAAAGGCGACCGUUAUCACAAGCACUGUUGCUGCCAAGCGUGCAUCAGAAGUUAAGAACGAUGAUGCCGCCGCCGACUCUGGUACAGCAGCAGACAAAGAUGCAACAUUGAGCGCCGAACAGGGGGCUAGCAGUGACACUGCCAGCAGCAGCAGCCACAGCAGCAGUAGCGGCAACAGCACUACUAGCAGUGCGGGUGAAAGUGGUUCAACGGGCGGCGGCAACAUCAACAACAGCUCGGUAGCUAGUAGCGGCAACUCUACGACCAACACAACGAACAGCGGUGAUGGUGGCAGUGUUAUUGUUCCCGCUGGCGACGCUGUUGUUGGUGGUGGCGAUGGCGAAGGAAGCACCAUCAGCAGUGGUAGCAUCAGCAGCAGCAGCCACAGCAGCGCUGGUGGUAGCGACAGCAGCAGCACCAGCAGCAGCAGCAGCACCACUACCACCACCAGUGCCAACAAUAACACAGCCGACGGUGAUGGCGGAGAUGGAGGAACCGGUGCAGGUAAUGGCAAUGGUGAAGACGAAGCAGGUACCAGUGGUGGGAACGGUGAAACCGUGUCGAGCAUCGAUCCGGACAGCCAAUUCAACCUGUUUGCGAUGGUCGAUCGGAAGCUGAUGCUGAAGAUCGCGCACCGUUUGCUCGGCGAUACGUCCAAAUCGCCAUCGGAAACGCCACCGCUGAGCAGCAGCUGCCCGGCAGGGUCGAACUUGGAUCCGCCCGCUUCACCCCCGCCAGCAAUGAUGAACAAUGCCGAUAUGGAGUAUCCUGAGCUGUCGCGCAUCCUGUGCAGCUUCAGUGGCUCUGACAUAAUGCCCACGCCAGAGUUUGUGCAAGUGCACCAGCACAUGCAAAAUAUAAUUCAGCAUAAAAGCGGCAGUAAUCCUAUUAAAUUAGGCGACACAGCCGAUGGUCAUCCGUAUGCAGAGGAAGGCGACGAGCAUCUGCCGCCAGUGUUUAACAUCGAGGAAUCCGACGCCGAAGGCAUCGCCGAGUGUGUAGGUGGCAUCUAUCCAGCGCUGGACGAAACACUGGAACAAUAUCACGGUGAGGACGGUACCGUCACGCAAGCACAUGGCGGUGCACGCGAAUCGACCUACAACUACGAAUGGGUGGACAGCAUUGACGAUGUGAUCCACGUGCUUAACGGAUGUCCCGACAUUCCAAUGGCACUGCAAGAUAUGGUGGCCAACUUCGGGUGCCAGGAAAUGGACGUGUUCACCAAUCUGAUCGGACUGAACUCGUUCUGCAAGACGCGCUGGACGGGCAACCAAAACCAGAUUACAUCCGGCACUUCCUCUCCAGUGGAGGAGGACACCACCGGUAUGGUGACGCUUAGCGAUCCGACGUUUGCGUAUCGUACCGGUCAAACCGCUGGCCAACUAUUGGCGUUGGAUCCUCAACAAUUUUCAAUGGAAUCGAUUCAUUUGCUUAAUCAAUUACAUCAGGCAUCUGUAUCGCAGGCUUCCGCGUCUGGAUCUGUACUGCAUCAUCCGCCAGCAGCGAACAAUGCUGGUGCACCGGGACAGCAGCCAAAGCUUGUGUUUAAUGUCGAUGCCGAUAAAGCUUCACAAGUACAUCUGCUGUUCCAGCUGCCUACCUUGCAAUCUCAACAGCAGCAGCAACAGCAAAUGAUGCAAGAUCAGCAGCACGACCACAUCAACAUGAUUACCAACAAUAAUCAACAGCAGGCGCAAAAUCAGCAACAGACAUUGUCACUGCAGCAAGCGGCUGGUCAGCAACAGCAACAACAGCAGUGCAACAUUACCGCAAUGCAACCACAUGCAGCGGCUGCAGCAGCUGCCGCUGCUAUCCAGCACGCUCAGCUACAGCAGCAACUACAUGCGCAGGGUAUGGCUGCCGGUCAUUCUGGUUCAGCGGUCCUGCAGCAGCAGCAACAACGAAUGCAGCAUCUGCAGUCUCAGGCCCAGGGACAACAGCAGCAGUUGCAACAUUUGCAAUCACAACAAGGACAACAGCAACAAUCACAACAGCACUGUUUACAACACGCCCAAAUGCAAGUUUCUACACAAACACCCCAACAUCAGCAGCAUGUCGCAGCUCGAAAUGAAGACGAUAUGUCUCCGAUGGUUAGAACGCAACACUUCGCGCUGAUGGAUAACAGCAAUCAGACGACGACCGCUAACACUGGCAGUGGAAAGCUAGGCGGAGGUGGUGGUGGUGGUGGUGCUGGCAAAAAGGGAGAGAAAAAUCGUAAAGAAAAAAAUCGGCUUGCUGCUGUGCCAGCAGUACGUCAGGCACCAGCCGGACAGCAAAGUGCUGGAUCAGCAGCGGCAGCAGCUGGUCAAAUGCAAAACUACCAGUACGAUAGCGGCACCAAUGCAAGAUCAGCCGGUGGUGCAAUGGAUAUCCCGCCACCAAGCGGCACCGUUCAACCGUUUCAUGGUGCAGGUGGUAGUGGCAUGAUGCCUCCACAGGCCGGCACCACCGUCGUAUCGGAGCGUACGAUCGAUGUGGAUUCGGAAACGGACUCGAAUCAUGAUACCGCGCUAACACUUGCCUGUGCCGGUGGGCACGAAGAUAUGGUAGAGUUGCUAAUUACUCGUGGUGCAAAUAUUGAACACAAGGACAAAAAGGGCUUCACGCCGCUCAUACUGGCGGCCACCGCCGGUCACGAGAAGGUGGUCGAUACGUUGCUGCGCAACGGUGCCGAAAUUGAGGCACAGUCGGAACGUACCAAGGACACACCACUUUCGCUAGCCUGCUCAGGCGGUCGGUACGAGGUGGUCGAGCUGCUGCUCAGCAUGAACGCUAACCGGGAGCAUCGCAACGUGUCUGACUAUACGCCACUCAGUUUAGCUGCUAGUGGUGGCUACGUUAACAUUAUCAAGCUGUUACUGCAACAUGGGGCCGAGAUUAACUCACGUACUGGUAGCAAACUGGGCAUUUCGCCGCUAAUGCUCGCGGCCAUGAACGGACAUGUGGCGGCUGUUAAGCUGCUGCUCGAUAUGGGUUCGGACAUAAAUGCACAGAUCGAAACCAACCGUAAUACGGCGCUAACGUUGGCAUGCUUCCAGGGGCGUCAUGAAGUAGUUAGUCUGUUGCUGGAUCGUAAGGCAAACGUAGAGCAUCGGGCAAAGACUGGUCUUACCCCACUGAUGGAAGCGGCUUCAGGUGGAUACAUCGAUGUGGGACGAGUGCUACUGGACAAGGGAGCGGACGUUAAUGCCGCUCCGGUACCAUCGUCUCGCGAUACCGCACUCACCAUAGCGGCAGACAAGGGCCAUCUAAAGUUUGUCGAACUGUUGCUAUCGCGUGGCGCACUGGUCGAGGUGAAAAACAAGAAAGGCAAUUCGCCUCUCUGGCUGGCAGCGAACGGUGGGCAUUUGGGGGUGGUGGAGUUGCUCUGUAGCUCCGGCGGUGAUAUUGAUUCGCAGGAUAAUCGGAAAGUGUCCUGUCUGAUGGCAGCCUUCCGCAAGGGCCACACGAAGGUGGUAAAAUGGAUGGUUGGUCAGGUGACCCAGUUCCCGUCGGAUCAGGAGAUGACACGCUACAUCAACACAAUCAACGAGCAGGAACUGUUGGAAAAGUGUCACGACUGUGUGAAGGUGAUACGUGCCGCCAAGGAUCAACAGGCUACCAAGGCGAACAUUAACGCUUCGAUACUGCUGAAGGAGCUCGAUCUCGAACGGUCACGAGAGGAAAGUCGCAAGGCGGCAGCUGCCAAGCGUCGUGAACGGAAGAAGCGACGCCGAGCGGAAAAGCGCGAACAGCAGCGCAAGCUGGAGAUGGGUGAGGAUGGUGAAGCCGAGGGUAAUGACGAUGAUGACGAUGAGGAAGAGGCGGAAGAUGAGAAGGAAGAGGAGGAAGAAGAGGAAGAGGAGGAGGAGGAUGUUGACAGUGAGCAUGAUGAGGACGAAUUGCUUCUCUCGGCCGCCAUGACGCAACAGGCCGCUAUCAACAGCAGCAAGAACAAGAACCGCAAUGCUAACCAUCUAGCGUCUCAACAGUUGCAUCACAAGUCGCAGCAAAAUUAUCGCGAGAAAGAGAAGGACACAGCCAAGAGUCGAGAUAAAGAUAAAGAAAAGCAUAAGGAGACGGAACGUGGAUCGAAUCAGUCUUCUGCUUCCAGUAGCAGCAGUACCAAUCAGCCGCGACAACACCAACAGCAACAAAACAAUGGGCAACUCUAUCAGUAUCGGCCCAUGUCGAUACCGUACCAAGUCCAAGAGGAAGGUGAUUCCGGUAUCGAUGCCAACAGUUUGGGUUCGUGUUCCAGCUCGGAAGUGAAGUCGUCAUCAAACAGCAACAACGCUCUGGAGCAAAAGAAAAACAACAAGAAGCGAAAGCAGCAGCAACAACAACAGCAGGCCCAAACGGCCCGCGGUACGAUUGCCUCCACGAAUGCUGCCGGUGCAGCACGUGCGGCAAAGGCUGCGGCCGUUGCAAACGCAUCCAAUGGUGGUAAAUCAUCCAACAACGCGCAGCAUCAGCAGCAAAACAAUAACAACAACAAUCGUCAAUCGAAAAGCCCCGAGGAGACCGGAUCAGCUGCACCAGCGUCAUCGAACAGUGUGGUGCAAGAUAAAAACUCGAAAGACAAGAAUCGACGCCAGCAGGAGAAGGAACAACAAUAUGCUGGUGGUGGUGGCGUUGUAAGAGAGAAGCGCGAUAAGGCGACACUCGAAAAGGAAAACGUUGCGCCAAAAGAUCAUCACGAUCGUUCGGCCGGUGCACUGUCAACAAUGGCAACGAAGAACGACAGCAAAAAAUCGUCAUCAGCCAAUGAGCAUCAUCAUCAUCAUCAUCACCAUCAGCCGCAGCAACAGACGGGAAACAACAGCAGUGCGGCCAGUGGUGUAGCAUCACAUCAGUCGUUGUCGCAGCAACAAACCGGUGUUCCGGGAAAUCGUAAAUCGAUUAUCGUUUUCGGCUCGGGUAAUCGACACACCUCGGAUCAGAAUGAUGAACUACAAGCUGGAGGAGGGGGUAAUUACUACAACACCGGCACCAAUGCUGGAGGCAAGAAAACGCAUGGCAACAAAACGUUUUAUAACACCACGGCCAAUAGUGAGGAUCAUCACGGGCAUCACGGUAAGAUAUCGUCAGCUAGUCCGAUGAAGCAGCAUGCAACGUCCGGUGGAAUGUCUGUGUCGCAAAAUGCAAACACAAGUUCACAAACCAGCUCAUCGAUGGGCGGCGGCGUGGUGAAGCGUGAGGAAGGCUGGAAGGAGGUCGUUCGCAAGAGCUCAGUACAGCAGAGCGGCGGAAGCGGUGGUACGGGGGGCAGUAGUACCGGUAGUGGUGGCACUGGAGGCAACACCGGAGGCAGUGGAUCAUCCUCCCCUAUGGAGUGUCGCAAGGUGCAGGUGCCGGUGCAUGCGAUUUCACGCGUCAUCGGACGAGCCGGAAGCAACAUCAAUGCUAUCCGUGCCGCAACCGGUGCUCACAUUGAGGUGGAAAAGCAGGGCAAGAGUCAGGGCGACCGAUCGAUCACUAUCAAAGGAUCGCAGGAAGCAACCAAACAAGCACACUCACUCAUCGUUACCCUUAUUAAGGAUCCCGACGUGGACAUACUGCUUAUGUUGCCGAAGCACAGUUCUAGCAGUGGCAACUCAGCGCAGAAAAGCUACGGAUCGUCUUCGACAUCUGGGGGUGGUGGAUCAACGGUCGGCCAAAGUGGUGCCUCAUCAUCUAUAACGUCCUCGGCAACGUCGGCACAACAGCAGUCAUCACCAGUCAUUGUGCCUGCAGCUAUUAUUCCUACGAAUGGUGCUGCUCCAACCAUGUCGGCUAUUGUGGCAUCCGGUGGUGUAGCGGCGGCUGCCGCUGCAGCAGCAGCAGCAGCAGCAGCGGCUGCUGCGGCCGCCACCAACGCCACCAACUCUCACAUCCACCCAACGCUAGCUUCUGUAAAAGGUGGAAAGAGUGUUUUCGGAGCUUCUAGCAAGUCUGUUAAUGCUGGUAGUGCUGUUAGCGGAAGCGCCUCAACCGGAACCAAUGCUGGUACUGGAAGUACCAUGGGUGGUAUGGUUAGCAGUAAGUCUCCGUCCACCCAAGGUUCGAUGGCGUCCAACGCAAGUACGGCCGCGGUACGGACAUCAUCGACCACGAAAAAUGUGUUCCUAUCAUCGACGAAUUCGCAGCAAUCCCGCGCACAGACGGCAGCUAGCAGCAAUGUCACUAUUAACAGCGGUAGCGUGCCAUAUGCCGUUGCAGCUUCUUCUGUCGGACAGGGAAAAGAUCCCAAACGACAGCAGACGACUUCGCAAGCACCACAGCAGCAGCAACAGUCGUCCAACGUACUGUCAGGUGCUGGAGGAGGCGGAGGUCCGAAGGGAUCGAUUCACCACCAUCCGGGACUUGCUACGACCGGACCCUCGGGAGCAGGUGGAACUGCAGCGACGGCACCGUUCGGAAGUGUGGGCAUGCAAUCGAUCAAGUCGAAAAACACCCUCAAAACGCCAAUCGUUUCCUCCAACACACCGCCAAUUGCAGCAACAGUACCACAGGCAGGUGGUACGAAUGUGACUGGUGGCAACAACUCCGGAGGAUCGGUAGGUUCGUUCGCGAAAUUGGUAGCAUCGGACAGUAACGUUCAGAAGAAAUCGUUUGCCAACUCCGGUUCCGGUAGCAGUGGUGGUUCUAAUGCGUCUGGUAGUACGACGCAACAAGGACAGCAACAACAGCAAGCAAUCGGAGUGAUUGGAGGACGUCCCUCAGCGCAAGUACAGCAAUCGCCUGCUAAAAGUGGUGGCUCGGCAGGUCUACCGGUACCACCAUUUGGUAGUAGCAAUGCCAAUGCAGUUGGUGGUACCGGUGGGGUAUCAUCGAUCGGUUCCCACCUGAUUUCAUCGAACGCAUUGCAUCAGUCAAGUCCGGGAGGAGGAAGUGGUGGUGGUGCCGGACAGCAAAAGAUUUCGUCGUUUAUUCCACCCAUUGCGACGAGUGGGCCAGGGCCAACGAUUGUCGAAGCAUCCGCUAUUCCACCAUUGCCACCCAUUAGCGUACCAAACACGGCAAAUCCAAUGGCGGCACCGGGUAGCGGUCGGUCAAUCACCCCGAUCGGGCAACCACCGUCGUCAUCGUCCGCGUCGUCCGUUUCGACCAUCUCCUCGUCCGCCUCAUCGACAUCGUCCGUGACGACGGGUCCGAUAGGAAGUCGUAGCGUUACCACACCAUCACCCCUACUGCAACAGCAGCAAUCGUCAACAACCUCCCCAACAAUUGGCGGACAAUUGCACACAAAAAUGCAACCACCUAUCGGACAGCAUCAUCAACAGCUGCCGCCACCGUCGCCUCCACCAUCGAACGUAUACUCGUUGUUUAACGAUCCGUUUACCAAUAGUCAGUGGGGUGUGGGUGGAAAUGGGGCAGGCAGUAGUGUGGGUGUUGGCGAUGUUGGCAAACCUCCGCUGUACGGUGGUCAUCACCAUCAGCAGCAGCAUCAUCAUCUGUCGCAUGGCACUAUGGCGCCACAUCAUCAUCAGCAACAUCAUCAGCAGCAUGCGAGUGUGGGCAGUGGUGUUGCUGGAAGUGGUGUUUUGGGCACAUUCAUGGAGAAUCCGCCAACCCUGCAGGUUGAUGCAUCAAAGGCUCCUGGAUACCGCGGAAAUGCCAUCUCUUCACCAGUGAGUUCGAAGGCCUCGAGUAACGCUACAACACCACCAUCGUCCAGCAUGUCGUCCCAUCAACAUCAACACCAGCAGCAACCUCCAAUGCACCAAGCAUUGCAACAGCAGCAGACGAACGGAGCACAUUUAAAUCUCCACCAUCAGUCCCAGCAGCCGCUCGGCUCCCAUCAGCAACAGUCACUCGGAUUGGGCCAUAUACUGAGUGGUGCGAACAGUAGCAGCAACAGCACAUCUCCGCUCACUGGCCUGGGUAGUGGAAGCGGUGGUGGUGGUGGUGGUGGUCCACCGCAACAACCUCCAUCCUCCGUAGUCGUUUCACGAGAUGCCGGAGUGGUGAACAUGGUCGGCGGUGGACAUAAUACAGUAUCAUCCGCCUCAUCGUCUGUAUCGUCAUCCGUCUCCGUCGGCGGAGGCCAGCAUCAACAGCACCACCAACAAUCCUACCAGUCGUCCAACGAUCCACCGAAUGUCGGUAUCAAACCGUCGCAGCCUCCAUCAUCGUCAAUGCAUAGCGGUGGUGGUAACGGUGGACAAGGUAAUGGAGCUGGUGGUUUGGGCAUGCUGCGCUCGAUGAUGAACAUGUCCUCGCACAUGCGCCAUCCGGCAAGUGGAAAUGGUCCACCCGACUAUCUGAGUGGUGGCGGACGUGACCAUUCGGCCGGUUUAACACAACAGCAACUACCAGUCGGAAGCUCUCGACCUCCGCCACUGAUGUACGACGGUACGGGAGCGGGCGGUGGUCCACCCGAUUCACUGCAACCCUCCUACCAACCGCACCUUGGUAUCGGUGGUAAUGGCAAUGCUGGUCUGCCACCGAUCUCCCGUCUGAAUCCAAAGGCAUCGGCAUUCUCCGGUGGCAUUGGCCCAUCGGUUAUGCCACCGACGCAGCAUCAACCGGGCGGCAAGAUGAAUCUGUCCAACAAUCAUCAACCCUACGGUGGAAAUAAUGCCGGCGGUGGAGGAGGAGCAGGGACAGGCGGUGGUGGAGGAUCUGGAAUGUUCCAUGCGCCGCCGCCAAUUGGUAUCGGCGGUGGAAAGUAUCCGUCGAUGUCGUCAUCGUACAGCCUCGCACCGGGACGUCCCAAUAGUCAGCAGCCGCCACACGGUGGAAAUGGCGCUGGUGGUAGCAGCGGAGGUCCUCCACCUCCGAUGGGCGGUAUGCAUCAUCGGGGCGCAACCGGCGGUGGAAACAAUUGGUUCUCGUCCGAUCUAAGCCAUCUGCAGCGUGAUAAUUUGAUGGGUAUGGAAAAUGGGCUCGCCAUGGCACUGAAUGCUGGGACGGUUGCGGCCAGUGGUUCGCCCAACAUAUCGCCCAACAAUAACAAUGCGCCGCACACCAUUAACGGUAGUGUCGGUGGACUUGUGGCGCAGCACCAGCAACAACAGCAGUCGAUGAUGGACGAUUCUCGAAAGCUACCACGCGCAAUCGGUACCGAACGGGCCUGGAAGUAUGGCGGCAAUGGUAACGUUGGUCUGGUGGGUAGUGGCAGUGGAGGUGGUGGACCAGGUGGUUCAGGAAACAGUGGUGGAAACAUGUACAAUGCUGGCAUGGUCACCGCAUACGUUGGGCUGGAUGGACCGGAUAUCAUAAACGGUGGCGCAUCACCAGCAGCAAUAGCGGCGGCGGCGGCUGCCGGUAACCAACCAUGGUUGGGCAUGGACAAAAAUCAGUUCAUGGGAGGUGGUGGUGGUGGUGGUUUGGGAGGCUCACAGCAACAACAACAUCAACAACAACCCCCUCUACCGUGGCUACCAGCUGCAAUAGGCAGACAGUACAUGGAUGACAUUCAUAUACCGGAUCAUUUCCAGCAACUUCAAAUGGAUUAUCAUAAUACAAUCGGUGGAUCUGGACCGAGCGGUGGACCGAAUCAACCGAACAUGAACUUCAUGCAGUACCCAUUCACACCAUCGAACGAUAUGGUGGGAACGGCCGAGCUGCGACCACCGUGGGAACAUGAAAAGCAUGGUUGGUCGCAAAAGUGGUCUGGCCACUAG